AUGCACGUGGAAAGGAAUCAAUUCCACGUUCUGGAGCAAUGGAAGGUAUUUAUCAACCACUGCUUGCAUAUAUUACAAUUGUUUGUAUAAUUAAAAUAUGGAAAUACAGCUGUCAAACCUCAAUAAGCUGAUGGAUUAACGCACUGUUUUGUAAUCUCUAUUAGCAAAGUUUUGCAUUGAUGACACGUACGCAGUAUUGCAUGUAUUUAGAAAACAAGGACAAAUCUAUAAACUAACUGUCCUGUUUCAAUUUCUUGAAAGGAUAAUAGAUUCAUUCCAUUAUUCCCUAAUCCUGGUGCAACUGAAUCCGGCCAUUCUUGUUCUACAAGAAUCCUCAAAUGA